AAAGCGAAAAAAAGGAAAGAGAAAAGGAAACAAAAAAAAAAAAGAAAAAGACGGAAAACGAAAAAAAAAGAAGAGAAAGAAAAGAAAAGAAAAAAGCAAGAAAAGAAAGAAAAGAGGAAAAGAAAAUUAAAGGUAAGAAAAAAGAAAAGAAAAAGAAACAAGAAGAAAAAAAAGAAUAA